CCGCGAUACGCGCUGAGGAUCCCGAAGACGUGCAUAACUUCGCAUCCUACCCAUUCCGAGUCCGGGUCCAACCUGUCCACCGAGAACGGCGGGAGGACGUCCGACACGUGUCAUACGUGUCGUCGACGCGUCUCCUUCGCCUUAUCACGAGUUUAUAAAAGGGCGCGUACGCGGGUUCGUCUAAAGGUAAUCUAAAGGCUCAUCUACUAGUAUCUGUCGCGUUUCGCUAGCGCCAUCCCACGCGAUAUGUUCUCCGACGAGCUGAAGGCGCUGCGCAAGCGUGGCGUUCGACACAUCCUCCUCCAGGCGCUGGCCUUCGCGUCCGCCAUCACCUCCGUUCUAGUGAUAUACACGGGCCUGCGCGUCGUGCUCAACACGAAGGAGCCUAUCGUCGUCGUUCUCACGGGGUCGAUGGAACCCGCGUUCCACCGCGGCGACGUGCUCUUCCUGACGAACCCGGACGGCCUGCGGUAUAGCACCGGCGACAUUGUCGUGUAUAGUAUUCCUGGGUUUGACAUUCCGAUCGUGCAUCGGGUGAUCGAGACGCACGAUCUCCCGCAAAGUGCUCUAAGCGAUCCCCGGGCGUCAACAACUCCUGUGGACUCGCAGCUCCUGCUGACCAAAGGCGACGAUAAUUCCGCAGACGAUGUUGCGCUUUAUGACGGGCUCGAGUGGUUGGAGCGCAAACAUAUUGUGGGCAAGGUCAGAGGAUUUUUGCCGUACGUUGGAUAUGUCACCGUUGCCUUGAACAAUUUUCCUCAGCUCAAGUAUGCGUUGCUGGGCGUUCUCGGUCUUGUGGCACUCGUUCGACGAGAGUAG